UUAAACAUAGAUACGUUCUCUGGUUUUGUCAAAGGUAGUUGUUCAUAUAUUCUCUGAAAAUGUCGCCGACGGUUGCAGAUCUUCACUGGAAGUUGGUUUUAAAGAUGUCUGUCGUCUUUUUUGGGCUUUUGGUACAGAACCACUUUUGUGAAGCCUCAAGCCCAGAGGAAAGGAUCAAGCAUUUGCUGUUUGUCAGUGACAAUAAUUCUGUUAAUGCAAGUUUCCCAUCAAAUACAAUCUUUCCAGAUCAGAAUGGAACUGAACUUUGUUUCAACAUCCCAGCAAACAAAAACAAUGGAGGCUGUUGCAAAAAUUUCAGCUGUGACACAACAGUAAAACACAACACCGACGCCCCUUACAACUUGAUUCUUAAUGAAGCUUCUCUGACGCAUGACAUUGUGGUGUUUAUGAACUCAUCUUUUCAUUUCUCGUGUAUGCCAUCAACACUUUACAAUUUAACAGAGAACAUGUUAUAUCAUCCUUUCGAUUUUAUCCUCAAUCUUGACAAGUGCUUAAGACCAGGUGGCAAGAAUGUCAGAGUGAGUCAGGAAGAUUUGAGCAACUGUACAAAAGAUAUAGCCUCUGAUGAAAAAAACGGUGUAAAAGUGACAAAGUAUGUAAUCUCGUUAGGCCUCAAUACUACAAAAUCUUGCACAGAAAAAAUAACUUAUAAGCUACCAGGGAAGGAUCCAGAAGUAAAUUUGAUCUUCAAUGCUUCAGACACACGUAUAAAUACAACAGAAGCAGCAAAUAUAAUGAAUGAUCUCGGUUCAAGGCUGGAUCUGAUGGGCAAUGCAAGCACUGCAAAGCUCAAAAUGGGCAAUGUCACUGGGGUGAUUGCUAAAUUGCCAAAACAAAAUCAGAAACGCAUAGACUUUGGUUUCACAUCAAGUGGGAAUGUGAAAAUUCUCCAGGAAAGCGACCCGGUGGUGUACUUCCCUCACAGUGUUCACCUUCCCCAAGAAGCCAGUCAAAUGGCAGUUGCAAACAAUGGCUCAUUUGUUGGAGUUUUGCAUUUUCCAGAGAUUCCUGAGAUUGACCAAAAUCAUUCCCUUUUCAAUAAUGAGAUGCUGGGGAUUGAAAUGGGAGCAAAUAUAUUUGGUCUCUCACAAACCAUCAACAUUCACUUUAUCAACGUGAACAAGACUGGGUUCAAUGCCACUUGUGUAUCAUGGGAUGGAAAAAAUAACAAUGAGAAUAAUGCAAACUGGACCACAAAUGGCUGUCUAACAAACAAGAUCAAUGACAGCAUCACAUGCCAAUGUUCCCAUCUUACAUUUUUUGCUAUUCUCAUGUCACCAUCUGCAUUUGGUAAUGCUGAUCCCAAUAACAAUCCUAAUAAUUCUACUGGAAUAAUCAGCUCAUCUGACUUGAAAACCCUGACCCAAAUCACAAAAGCUGGUUGUGGUAUGUCCAUGUUCUUCCUAGGUGUGGCUCUCUUCAUGCAUUUUCUCAUAAGGAAAAAUAAAGCCAGUCAAGCCGUGCAGAUCCUGAUGAAUCUCUUUGUCGCCCUGUUCAUCCUGAACUUUUGCUUCUUGAUAAAUGAGUCAAUCGCUAACCUGAAGGUCUCGGCAGCAUGUGUGGCGAUGGCAGCGAUUCUGCACUACAGCAUGCUGGCCACAUUCACUUGGUUCUUUAUCCAGGCUUUGCACCUGUACUUCAAUCUGCACAAAAUCUCCACAGACAUUAAAUUUUACAUGCACAAAAUUUGCAUCCCAGGGUGGGUCAUUCCAGCUGUGGUGGUGAUAGGACUUCUUGCUUCAAAGAAAUAUGAUUAUAUUGAAAUUUCUGAUAAUAAUGGAACCUCAGCGAAUAUGUGCUGGAUCCCUGAUCAUACAAUCCACAGAGGAGUGAACAUUGGUUACUAUAGCAUUGUGUUCAUCUUCACGUUAACCAUAUUCAUAGUGACUGUCGUGCAGAUCACACACUUUACUUCCAAGAAAGGAAAAACCCAGGACAAAAGCUCCACCAAGAAAAGGUUUUUUUCUCUUUUGGGUCUUUUCAGCCUUUUGGGCAUCACCUGGGGAUUUGCAUUUUUUAGCUACGGCCCCCUACUCCUUCCCUCCUACUACAUCUUCACCAUCCUCAACUCCUUUCAAGGAUUUUUCCUAUUCGUCUACUACUACUUUUCAAGCAGGAUAGUUGCUGAAGACAAAAAACAACCUGUAAACAGCAGCAGCAGCGGUACCACAGAGAAUGUGUACACUUCAUCUCCCUAUGGAUAAGUUACUUAUUCCACAUCCUCAGUUUGUCUCACCAACUUGGACUUGUUGCAUAUAGGGAAUGUGAGAUAUAGUUAGAACAUUUAAAGAGAGCUUGUUGAAUCAGUGGGAUUUAAUCAUCUCUAAAGUAUAGAGGUAAAAGUAAUGGUUGUGUAGGUUGAAUUGAUCGACUUAACUGAGACAGAUGAGGACUAGGAUUUAGAUACCGUAGAUGGCCAACAAAUAAGUAUCUGUACCAUUCAAUAAGAGCCAAAUGCAAUCAGCUUCAACAUAAAUAAUAGACCUGAUUAGUUUUUAAGAAGCCUUUCCCAGUAUGCUGAAAAGAGGCUUAGCAUGCCUCUAAGAUUACAUUAACAGCAGUUAUUGAAAUUAGCCAGGAUUUAAAAGACAUGGUUCACCGAGUUGAUUUAGGCAAAAGAGAAGUUUUUUUCAUAACAAAGUUAUGAACCUACAAUUUUGUUCACAAAAGAUUUAGAUUCCUUUGGGUAUGAAAAGCCAACAUACUAUUGUUAAAAAGCCAAGACUGUGGUGUAAAAAACACUUUAAUCUAACACAUAUUCUUUUCAGCUCAAUUACAAAUCUUUACAGAGAAAAACAAAACCCAAAUAAUAUGGUUGUAUAAAUGUGUACACCCUUAUAUAACUGGGGCUGUGGCUGUGUUCAGAAAUUACAAGCAUAUCCAAAUUAUUGUUAAGUAGGAGUCAAUACACACCUGACUUUAUUUACCACAGCAAAAUGUUUUAGCUGUUCUACUUGACUUUUCAUGGCAUUUUCCUGCUAUCAUUUCUGUCCAGAACUUUGAAGCAUAGUGGUGGCAGCGUCAUGCUUUACCAAGAAACCUUUGAAUAUCCUUUUAUAGCACAGCAAUGACCACAGCAUGUUUUCAAAAAUAGCACAACACUAGGCUCAAUAAAAGGAGGAGAAGGUUUUGGAAUGGCCCAGGCCAGAACUACAUCUGACAGAAAAUGUAUGGGUUGAUCUGAAAAGAGUUGUGAGCAGGAGACGCUUUGAAAAUUUGGCUGAUUUAGGGCAUUUUGGCAAAGAAGAACGAGCAAAUAUUUCCAAUUCAAGAUGUGCCAUACUGAUAGACUUAUGCCUUAAAAGACCGCCAGAUCUGCAAGCCAUUCAAAGGUUUUCCCAGAAGGGUCUGGAUCUGGAGCAAGCCCCGUCGCUCAGCUGCAUAGCCAUGCUGAUGGCCCCACCUGUGUCCCUUAGCAGCCGGAUCUGAGGAGCAAGUGGUCCAGUCAGGAUUUGCUAACCUCCCUGGCACAUGACAAAGCCAAUUGGAGUCAUAGCUCAUUGCCCAUCGGACAGCCUCCUGUCAUCAGAACAGAGCACGUUAUAGGAUGAGGUUCGCCAGAAGUAGGGCAAGUUAGUUUGGGAUGAAACAAUUUGGGUAUUGUUCAUACUGUUGUGUUUUGAUAUGUUUUACUGUACUUUGGGUUAAAUCUGAAACCUCGUUCUAACAGGUCACUGAGCUACUUGCUAGCAAUCUUUUGAGCCUGAUGUUAAUGUGUGGUGGGUUGUGUGUAUAAUGUUACAACAAUAUUUAAAUCAAUAAGAGUUUAAACACUGAUGGGACCUUAAUGUAAUGUGUUUUUCUGAUACACUUAUUACACACAAAUUCUAAAAUAGUCUACAUAGUCCUGGGAACCUGCUCCGUCGUCUCUGUUAGCCACUAUCGCUAAAUAGCUUGCUAUUAGUUAAACCUGUUACAACAUAGCUUUUUUUUUUUUUUUUUUUCGGUCCGGUAUACAAACGUCAGAUUAGGCAUGACUAGCAAUUGUAUAAAUAUCAAUAGUAACAUUAAUGCUGAAGAUUGGUAUUUGAAUAACUUAAAGGAAGUUAUUAAGUUAAUUGCUUUGUUGUUAGUUACCAGUAACCAAGAAGUGCUCCAACACACUUCCGGUUGUUGACCGUGGCGUGCGUCCCCUGGCGUAUAUAGAGGAGGUUUACCCUGCCAUUUUCAGUUUUUGACUAAGUUUUGAAUCAGUCAUCUAAAGGCAAUUUGAAAAAUCAUUCUUUAAAAUAUUAUCUUUCAAAAUAAUGUUUUAUCUACCUCUUUGAUUUUCAUUGUGAAUGAAUGUGCACACAUACCAACUAUUGUUCCAAAUUAGUUUAAGUUAAUUUGAUCAUUUUCCAAAUUGUUCAAGUUAAAAUUUGGUCUCAAACCUAAACAUCCACACUGAACUGUGAUAUUUUUGCAUAUUUGUUUGGUAACAGUUUUCAAACAUGUUUUGUGUUUUGUUCUUUCAUGUGCAGUUUAUUAGUUUUCUUUAAUCAUAUUAAUCUUGCUUAGUCCUUUUAGUUAAAUUGCACUAGCCUAUUCAAAAAGUUGUUGAUUGAGAUAUGU